CAUUUUCCUGGGCCGGAGCGGACGCACUCUGAGCGGGACUUCAGCCAGGCAGCGCGGAUCCGCACAGCUUCCACAGAAUUACUAAAUAUAGCCCGUUUUCCUUUAUUUUUCUUUUCCAGUUUCGUACAGAAAUAACGAGUUCUCAGUUCUUUUUUUUUUUUUUUUGCUGAGAUGGUAGAUUAUCACGCAGCGAAUAAUCCAGCGCAGCUCUCCGGGCAGCAGAGCUACAUGGAGCAGGAGAACGACUGGGACCGAGACAUGCUGCUCGACCCGGCCUGGGAGAAGCAGCAGAGGAAGACGUUCACGGCGUGGUGUAACUCUCACCUGCGUAAAGCUGGUACUCAGAUCGAGAACAUCGAGGAGGACUUCAGAGACGGCCUGAAGCUCAUGCUGCUGCUCGAGGUCAUCUCAGGUGAGAGGUUACCCAAACCCGAGAGAGGGAAGAUGAGAGUGCACAAGAUCAACAACGUCAACAAAGCUCUCGACUUCAUCGCCAGCAAAGGAGUCAAACUGGUGUCUAUUGGAGCUGAGGAAAUUGUGGAUGGAAAUGUGAAGAUGACCCUCGGUAUGAUCUGGACCAUCAUCCUCCGCUUCGCCAUCCAGGACAUCUCAGUGGAGGAGACCUCAGCUAAAGAGGGGUUGUUGUUGUGGUGUCAGAGGAAAACGGCUCCAUACAAAAAUGUCAACGUGCAGAACUUCCACAUCAGCUGGAAGGAUGGUUUGGCCUUUAAUGCUCUGAUCCACAGACACAGACCUGAACUGAUCAACUACGACAAACUGCGCAAGGAUGAUCCUGUUACCAAUCUGAACAAUGCCUUUGAAGUGGCUGAGAAAUAC